CUAUAUAUAUAUAAUAAAGCUGUAUUACAUAAACAUUUAAAGCUGCUCAGCUAAAAUACCAAGUUACUUUGGUUACAUUGAUUAAAAAAUUACGUUGAUAAUGAUUAUAAACUUCAUGUUUAGGAAUAAAUUUGCUAAGUCAAUUUCAUCAUCACCGGAGCAAUCUACCUCAACUUACCAUUUGGACGGUCAGCCAGACCAGUAUCAUCUAAGGGCAGCGUUUUCUAUUGACCAUGGAUGAACAGGUUCUAUUGACAUGGGAUGAACAGGUUGGACAACAAAGACAAUAAUUUUAGCUGAUCGAAGAAAAAUAUGAUGAGAAAUGCAAGAAGGUCGUUACAAUGGUUGUCCACAAAAGACCAACUGAGAAUCGAUGAAAAGCUGAUGAAAAGACGGGGCAAAUGUGCUUUGCAUUGAAGUUCAAAAACAUGGACGAUGAAGCUGCGAUUGGUUCAACCGUGGAUUACCUGGAUACAAGAUUCCUACGCUACCAAAAUCCAUAGAAGGCUAGAAAUGCAUUCUGCAGUAGUUGCCUUUGUAUAUUUUGCCUUCUUUGGCAGUGCUGUAUCAUUCAAAACAGCAUUCUACAAGCCAGAGCCUGGACUUCUUCUUGAUACAUGGAUAGAUUCAUCCAGUAAAUCUUUAGAAAAUUUUGAAAGUAUAAGUGGUUACCCUGGCUGUCCUACUGGUAUGCGGAAUUUGGCUAAUUUUGAAUGGGGUGUCGCAUCUGCUUCAAAAUAUCACCAUUUUCGAUUCAGAGCCUACUUUGUGUCUCAUUUGUCUGGCACACAUCGUCUAAUUGUGGCCUGCAAGAAGGAGUGCCAAGUAGACUUUGUGCUGCAGCCUGGAGUCGUUGAAACUGUCAAUCAUACAGACACUACAUCUACAACUAUAGGAUGGUCCCAAAGUAAACUUUCAAAUGGGCUUCCGCUGAUAAAAGGAUUCAGAUACAAAAUCGAUGCAAGGUACUCCGGUGGAAGCAGCUUUCCUCGUUUCAUGAAGCUUGGAAUAUUGCUACCAAAUGGGACAGAGAUCAAGCCACUGGAACGACGGUACCUUCGACGAUCAAUCGAAUUUUACAAAAUGGACGGAUUACUUGGAGAAAUGUUUGAAAAUACCACGUGGCCAAAGUCAUUGACAAUACAAAGUUUUGCAGAUGCCAAUCCGACAAAAUAUCCAAACAAUCCAUCGCGAUAUUUCUGUCGAUCAACCAUUUAUGACACGAAAUAUGACAACUAUCCUGAUAGUUUUGGUGCUCGAUAUACAGGGUAUUAUUCAAUGCCCCAAAAUGGCAGCUACAGGUGGUACCAGAGUUGUGAUUCAUUUUGCGAAGUUAACCUUACAAUGGCUAACAAUUCAAUAGCAAAGAUAUAUGAUAGCGCGUAUCAAAGCAAUGCAGAAGUUUCUAUCGGCGAGUAUGUGGAAAAAAGAUACUACCCUAUUGAUAUUGUUCACGUCGAGGGUAGUGGCAAUGAUUUUUUAAGCAUGAAAAGAGAAAAGGAUCUAAGUACAACGUGGGAACAAGACUGGACAGGUCUUCUCACUAACCUUUUAGAAGCGGAGACACUUCACAACAUUCCAAGUCCAAUAUUAUCAGUUGAGAGCUCAACAGCAGUAUCAGCCCAGCUUUUUGCACCCAGUGUCCCAAAAGGUGAUCAAUGGAGCUCUUCAAAUUCCUAUGAAAUUCUGUACCACAAAAAGUCAGAUCCGUCUUCAAAGGUCAAAGUAGCUUUCAGUGGGUCUCUGCCGGCCAAGAAAACCCUUACUGGUCUUCAACCGUAUACUGAAUAUAGCUUUUAUAUUCACUAUUUCGGUUUUAUAAAAUCAACAAUUGAACACAACAUCAUAUCCGGGAGAAAAUCUGUACGAACAUAUGAAGACGUUCCAGGAGAUUAUCCACCUAAUCUUACAGCUGUAAAGAAAUCACCCAACUCUGUUCAGCUAACCUGGGAUGCCCUCUCAGGUGACGCAAAGAAGAACGGAAAUAUUACUGGUUACACAGUGAAGUACAGGAUAAGGGGAUCUCAAACCUGGUUGUAUGUUGAAGGCACAUCGCAAAACAGAAUGUUUGACUCACUCAAGAUGUACGCCGUUUACGAAUUCAGUGUUGCGGCAAGCACUUCAAAAGGCGUUGGGGUAUAUAGCCCUGUUGUUGGAGAGAUGACAGGCGAGGAUGCUCAGCAAAUUGUUGCAGAGACCCCUUUUGCUUUCACAACCAACAUGAAAUUUACAAACAUGGCACUGACGAAACAUCUAUCAAAAGUUGCAGACGUCACUUCGGUUGUGGAAUGUUUUAGCAUGUGCAGACUCUGCUUUCAAGAGGCAAGUGGAUGUAAAUGCUCUUCUAUGAAUAUCAAGAGAAUGAAAACAGGCGCAAGAUUAAUUUGUGAAAUCAACGAUGGCAGCCUCGAAACAUCUCUGAAUAACCUCGUUCAAACGCAGGGGUCCCAGUAUUAUGAAGUAACAUAGCUAACAAAACAGAGACAGGUGUAAAAACUAAGGAAGAAAACAUGAAAGAAUCACUAUAUUUUUUCAAACUUUCUGCACAGCCUCGACUUUAACUUUUUAAAAGAGACCUUUAAUGAUCUCAUUUUUAAGGUUACCAAUAUCUCACAUAACGAAGAGUUUAAUAAAUUAAAGUCUUUCAAAAAGGCAAUGACAAUGUUUGAAGUAGAUUAAUGCAAUUUACCUCUUGCCCUAAGAGUUCUCUUUUGUAUUAUGAUCAACGAUUUUGUCAGGGAGGUGGUAGAGUGGCUACACCAUUCUAUUGAUAAGCUAUCUUGUUCCCCCAAUGGAUUUACUUCCUUUAUUUUAUUUACAUUUCAUAUAUCUGAAUGAAAGGGAGCCCUUGCAGAUAAAUAUAUGAAUACUCAAGGGAAAGCGAAAGUUAUUCCAAAAAGAGAAUUAUCAAAAUAGCGGAUAUCCAAUCAAGGUCCAAAAUGCUACAAUUUUAAGAUUUCAUUCAGAUGAAGCACACAAUAGCAAAUAUCCACCUAAUGAAGCACAAUACAAAAUUUUUCAUAAUAUCAAAAGUCUCAAUUAUGUAUGAAAAUAUUAUUACUGGCUGUCUGCUUUUUUUCUGCUUCUGUUUCUGGAUUAGCUCUAUUUCUCGAGUAUUGUCAAGAUUAAAAUAAUUCUGAUUGAGUUUAAGAAAAAACCACUCUCCCCAUGGCAUUUCUAGAAUCAUUUGCUACCUGCAAUUUGCUAGAAUCAUCAUGAAUAGUAUAUUAAGAAAAGCGAUUU